AUGCGAAGAACAGUCGACCAGUGUCCUGCCGACAUUGUCUUAGCACCAUCUGGGUGCCCCUUGAAUGACCUCAAGUACGCCGACGAUGUUGUUAUAUUCGCGGAAAGCAGUACGAAACUUCAACAUGUUGUCAACCUAGUAUUGAAGCUGGCUGCAACCUAUGGACUACGUCUACGCCCUGAUAAAUGCAGACAGAUGUGGAUCUCUUCGAGACUCGAACGAGAAUCAGGGUGGACGGACAACCGAUAG